AUGGGAGGCAGAAAAUUUACGUUCUACAGGGAGGAAGGACAUAAGUUUAGCAAAAUCGACAGAUUUCUCGUAUGCCCCAACUUCAUUAAUCAACAACCUCUCUCUACUGUCAUUGCCCUUCCCCACGAGCACUCAGACCACUCACCCUUAAUCUUAAGCAACUCCAAUGCAGACUUUGGCCCUCUUCCGUUUCGUUUCUUUAAUUCUUGGAUGAACAGACCUUCCUUUAACGAAGUCUUUGAUGUGGCAUGGCAAUCUUUUAAGGGAUUCGGCUCAGCUGACAGAUUUCUCCUUUCCAGGUUGAAACAUGUUAAAAAAGCGCUAUGUGUUUGGGGGAAUUCGGAAUAUCAAAAGGAGAAAGGUGUUAUCAAAGAGCUGAGAUUAAAUGUAGAAAGGCUGGAGAAGGCAGCAGAGUUAAGACCGCUUAGUCAGCAAGAAAGGACUCUGUGGAAGGAAGACAAAGUUAAAAUUCUUGAACUUGAAAAAAUUGCCAAUCUUGAUAUACGGCAAAAAGCCAAGGCCAAAUGGAUAUGCGAUGGGGAUGAGAACACAAAAUACUUCCAUGGAAUCAUUAAAAGCAAGUGUAGAAGAAACAGAUUGCAUGGCUUGAUGAUUGAUAAUAUAUGGGUGACUGAUCCCAAAGCUAUCAAGAUGGAAGUCCAUAAGUUCUUUGCUGAAAAAUUUCAUGAGUCUUGGUCUAACCGACCAAAAUUCAUAACUUCGCCCAACUAUCUCAAGAUCAAAAAAUGUUCUUGGAGACAUGUUUCUCACUUGAUGAAGUAA